AGCUAUUUUCAUCCAUCGCAUCAGGACCGAUUCGACCGCCGCGGUGCAAUGAGUCGAGAGCUUGAUGGUCUGCUCGACAAACUCGCCAAGAUCAAUGUCGAGAUGGGUGGCGAGGAGACUCGGGACAAGAAGGGGGUGAAGAAAGGCGACCGGUUCGGCGAACUCCGCGUCAAGAUCAGUGAGCGGCUGCAUGCGCUCAAAAUUACCUUGAACGAAAUUGCGCAGCCCGUGUCGACGAAGAAGCCAAUGCAUCCGCGAGAGAAGAUCCAGCAACAACAAGCUAUCCGGAACGACCUCCAGGGCCUUGAAGAAGACCUCGAGGAGCUUCGAUCUGUGUACGAGGCAGAGGCGAAGAAGAAGAAGAGCAAAUUGUCCAAAGAGGAGCUACAGAUUCGCAAAGACUUUGUCGACCAGUACACAUCCGAGCUCGAGUUUGUCAAAGAGCAAGCAUCCAACGCGUAUUUGAAAGCCUCUCCAGCCGGUCGGUCUCCUCAAGGCACUGCACAUGGAUUUGAUCGCGCAGCACUUUUUGGGACGUCCUCGGCGGUGUCGCCAUCGGCAGGGCAAUCGGCGUUUGCGUCAACCUUUAGCAGCAACGGGGAUAAGACGAACGGGUGGACAGGCGGCGGUCUUGGUGGUGGUGGCGGCGGAGACGUUCACCAAGAAGAAACGACUGCUGAGCACCGCGAGAUCAUGCUUCAAAUUGAGCAAAAGGACCAGCAUUUGGACGGCCUCGUAGACCAAAUCGGAACGGGUGUCCUUGAGCUCGGCCAGCUUGCGCGCGGCUUGAACGAAGAACUCGUCAAGCAAAACAUUAUGCUGGAAGGGCUCGAAGAGCGCAUCGACAACACCAGCAAUAAUGUCGAAAACUUGAACGCAAAGAUGAAGAAAACACUGACCGAGAUGGGGCGCAGCGGAGACAAGUGCAUGAUGGACUUUAUUUGCCUCGUCAUCCUGCUUGGCAUUCUCGCCGUCGUGUACAACAUGUUCGUCAAGAAGACUCCAACGUAGCACCCCAUCCACCCAUGACACACUCGUUCGUUCGUUCGCGGCUGCGGAUUCUGGCCAAGCAGAGCGACUCCACCCAAAACCCUCUGAGACUCGAAUUUGCCAUGGAGAACUCGAGUUUGUUUCAACUUCUUUAUGGUCAGGAUGGGCCGCGGCCCCUCAUAUCCAGCCCUUUGCCACGAAACUUCUCCUGUUUGCCGAA